AAUAAGGAUAAAAAAAAACAAAGCAAAUCACAGGAAAAUUAAAAACAAAAGAAUUAAUUAUUAGCUUAUUUAUCAACUUUCAUAUGAGCUCCUUGGUAAAGGCCUAAUAUAAUUUUUGGAAUUUAUUAUGCGAUAAUACACUAUAAGCCAAGAAAAAUGGACCCAACUAUAUCACGCGAUAAAAUACCCCUAAAGCAGGCUGAGGUUUCAGUUCGACGUUUUAAUGAUCUUGCUGUUCCACAUCACUUGGGGCUACUAAAAAACCAUCGCAGUAAUAUUGAAAAAAGUGUAGCUCUCGGUGAUUGGAACAAGGUUAAGAAGGAAGAAAUAAAUGCAACACGGGUCAUAAAGCAAAUAAAAAACUUACUUCUGGAGAUGGAUGCGUUGCGAGACAAAGUACGCCCCGAGGAUUUGAAACGAUUUGAUGCCAUGAUGGAUGAGGGAAAAAAUAAAGCUUUCAAAGGAAUGAGUGAAUAUUUGGAGCUGCAACUGAAAUCACCAUCAUAUAGCAGCCAUCCACUUUCGUCGGCAGACAGCGAAGGUGAGGAAACCAUUCAUGCAAUUGAAAUAGGUUCAACCAUGGCGCAUCGGAAAGUAGUUCCCGCGAUUGAAACAAAUUUUCAGCAGCAAGAGUACCAACUGCAACAAAGACAAGCGUGUUUGGAUGAAUUAGAAGAGUUACAAAAUGAGAUACGUGAUCUGAAUGGAGUGUACCAUAACAUGCAUAGUCUUGUUCAAGAGCAAGGCGAAAGUGUACAGAUUAUUGCUGACAACGCAGAAGAGGCACUUGAGCAAGUACAAAUUGGCGAAAGCAACUUGCGUCGGGCGCUUUCAUAUAAAAAAGCCAUGUAUCCGGUUGUAGGAGCAUUGUUGGGCACAUGUGUCGGUGGGCCUAUUGGAUUGGUAGCCGGUUUGAAGGCAGGAGGCCUUGCAGCAGUAGGAUGCGGUAUACUCGGCUUUACUGGUGGUUCUGUUCUUAAAAACAACCCAUCAGCAAAUCCUGCCGUAAUGCAAGGUAAUAUUGAGGAAGAGUGCUCACAAGAGAAUAUACAAUUGGAAAAAACAGACGAAUGACCCUCAGGGAGUGGCAAUAGUCCGUACAAUAGGUUAAAGGACACUCAUCAGCUAUUGGAAGCAGGCAGCAAUACACGAUUAGAUCCUGUAGCCCAAGCUACGACAGGUGUGAUAUGUAGCGUACGCAGUUACUGUUCCAUACAAUGAAGACUUACAUUUUUUUUUUCUACUCU